AAUGUUUCAUCAAAUUAAUAUCCUUCUCAACUGGCUUAUUCAGUAUUUUUAACAAAAUGCAAACGAGUUUAAACAUAGUUCGAAUGUACAGACCUUCUAAAUUUGUUUAAAAUUGUCGAUUUUAUUUGAUUAAAAAUUAGUUUUUUCGGCACACUACGACACACUAAAUUUGUUGUGUAAAAUGGACAGCAAAUGGGCUCGUUGGGAGGAGUGGGCGGAACGUAAUGCAAAGCCCAAACUUAAAUACUCAGUGCCCAACAUGCCCCAACCACCGACGCGUUGGCAAAAGCCUGGACCAAUGGAUCGACAAGAGUGGAUUGAUUUUCACAAAUGGGCCAAGGUAAAUGCUCGUCCACUUCAGCACCAACCCGAACCAAAGUCGGCUGCAGCACCGACACCGAUGCCAAAUCCGAUACCGGAUCGAUCGACUCCGAUUUCGCCUUUGGUUUUUAUUUGUGUUGCAUCCGAAUUGCAAGCCGAGAGGGAUAGAAAAAGUGAAAUACAAGAAAAUCUCGUAAACCUGAGUCAGCCGAAAUACAGACGGGAGAAGUAUUCGGCGCCACCCAAAAGGGAGCAUGCGUAUCGGCCGCAGCUCUCCAAUCGGCCACCAGCGAAACCAGAGCGUGGACGGCCCACGGAGAAGCCGAAAGUGCCGUGCUGUUUUCAGCACGAAGAACUGAAGAUAAAUUUCUGGUCAAAUAUGCGUUUCAAAAUUUCCCGAAAUGCACUAAAAGCCAAGCCUUCGAAAAAAUGUGCUGAACUGGCCAAGCCGCGUACCUAUCCACCUAAACUACAUUGUCCAUUGCCGCCGAAUACGGAUGAGCAGAUACCCAAGCGCAAGAAGAUGUCUGCAAAGCGAUGGAGGGAACAUCUCAUGCGCCUAGAGUUUCUCUCUCUGCCGAAUCCCCGUGUCCUGGCCGAUCUAGAUCUCUCCUUUCCCAAUUUGAUAGGUCCUGCAAUGCAAGUGGGGUGUUUAUGUAAAUAUUGUGGUCGCCCAACGAGUAAACCAGUGUACUACAAUUUGAUGGAUGAAUGAACUAUAUAAGCAUACGUUCAUUCCUCCAGCAAAUCGUUCUUCACUGGAUCAUGGCACAUUAGCAGUCAUUUGUUAAAAUUAAACGUUGAUAAUUACAGACUCAAUUGAAUUGAA